GAUUCGCCGCAGAGUGCAUCGGCGGCAGCAGCAGCAGCAGCAGCGGCGGCGGCGGCGGCAACCAACAACUCGAGCAAGGUGUCAUGUCUAGCCUGUCGAAGGGCGAAGCGCAAGUGCCACACACCGGAUACGAAUACGAUAUGUCGUCGCUGCAAUGCCCAUCGGCUGCUCUGUGAAUAUCGCGAGCAUCGUCGGGGCCAGAGGAAGAGGAAAGAGGGACCGCAUGAUACCGGAGAGGAUGAAGAAGCGGAUACUUCUGCAGUCAACGCAGCUUGGGUUGAUCCUCUACCCAGAGAGAAGGAGCCCAGACUCGAAGCGAGCGACGCCCUCUCGGCUUCACCCACUCGCCCAGCUACCACCAAUGCGCAAUCGGCUUCAGCUGCGGGUCUGCAAACUGUGCGACCACGCCUGCCAUCUCUCUCGCAACUGCACGCGUCUGUAUCAACUCAUCGCAGCCCACAGUCUCCCUCCUCUUCCAAUUCUCUCGAAGGCCCUCACCAUUACAAUCCGUUCUCGAUGGGUCCUUUCUCCAGUUCAUCUUUGCCACAAUCGUCCUCUACACGCAGGCCCAACAUACACUUCUCCCACAUCAUCCACAGCGACGAGAAUGCGUCUCCCUCUGCUCGAGAGCAUACUAUACUACAGAAGAUGCUGUAUCAACCACCUUGCCCAGAUCCAAUUGCGGUUGGGCUCUUGGCAGAGUCAGAAUGCGCCGAGCUCUUUGACUUCUAUUUUCGCUACCUCAACGUCACCAUCGCUAUGCUCGACCCUGCCAUUCAUGGCUGGCGUGACUGUCGUCAGAAGUCUACCCUCCUCUUCACCGCGGUCCUGACAGUAUCUUCGAGAACCGUGCGGCCAAAGGUGUAUCAGUCCUGCCUUCUCUUGGCGAACAAGCUCGUAGCACAGGCCGUUGAGUCGGGCGUUUCGAACAUCGAAGUGGUGCAAGCGUUGAAUAUUCUGGCGCAGUGGAAGAAGGCUGACGACUCUUCAAGCUGGCGCCGGGUGGGCUACGCCAUUCGCAUGGCUCAGGAGCUCAAGCUGCAUCUCAAGUCACCAAGACCCCUGCCAGCGGACGAGAUUCAGGCUCGGCAUGUCCUCAACAAGGAGCGCACUUGGCUGAACCUGAUCAUCGCGGACUACCAUCUCGCCAUCCAUCACUCAUUGCCCCGAAUGAUGGGAGAAGAAGGAGCAGCGGAUCCCACAGAGUGGAUCACUUCUGAUCAUCCUACGAUCUCUACGCCUGGAGAGAUUGUGCUAGCUCCGACGGUGGCGUUUAGUCGAAUGUGCCGACUGUAUGCAGACAUGCUGGCCGGCAUGAAUGGCGACGCUUCGAAUCUGCGGAUGCUCAAGUGGGUGGAGCAGGAGUGGCAGCGCUGGAGAGCAAAAUGGCUACUGCACCCCAUUGGCUUUGGAUUUGUUCCACAGCAGAUGUCUACCUUGAAGCUCUUCGACGCCUACUAUCGGUUCCACAUUUGCGAAUAUCGCCUCCUUUAUGCUGCACGCUAUCGUACCUCGGAGCAAGUCCUUGAUCCAGGCGAAGCGAGACCACUUGCCUUUGCAUUUGGCGACUGCACCGAUGCUGCGCUUGCUCUUUCUCGCGUCUUUCAGGAGGACUUCGCCCAGCCUGGACACCUGACCUAUUGCUUCAAUCUCACGUGGGUCAGCUUGGCAGUGACCAGUAUCUGGCUUGUCAAGAAUUACGCCAGUAUGCCCAUAGCCGAUCGAUCUCGGAUCUUUGAUGUCCUUUCCAACGUCGCAAGGUCUUCGGAAGAGGCUUCGAAGACACCAGACGAUAUGCCUGCAUACAUGCAUCGUCUCCUGAAGCAUCUUCUCUCUGGGAUU